AUGACCGUCCGCAACUGUUAUCGCCUUUGGCCAAGAGGCGCCAAGGACAACAAGCCGGGGUUUCAUGCGCCGUGUCUCCCUGCUUUCCACACAGCGCCGCCUCCGCCUCCACCCGCUGCCACUGCAGUGCCCUCCCCCUACUUCUCACAUGCAGUCUCUCUCUGCUUCCCGCCAAACGGCCGCUACUACAACGCCGUCUCCUCCCUUGCACCCACCGCACCCACCGCACCACCGCACCACAGCCCCGCCUUCAUCGACCGCUUCGACCCUGCCCUGGAUUACUUCACCCCCAGCGCCGAAUACAAGAGGGCUACAACCUCCCGGUGCCGAGCCAACAUCAACCAGCACCUCCUUACCGUACCCCACUGGUACCAUACCGAUACAGGCCAGUCCACUCUUCGCUACCACGAAGAAACAUGUCUCACAGUGACCCACCGCUCCCCCGUCAAGUACCCGUCCUGCGGCACCCGCAGCACCCUCGCUCCCAUCGGCAUACCAGACCACGGAGACGGCUUCGCUGUAUAUCUUCGCUGGAUGCGUCAGCGACACUAUCGAAGGCACGGCGUGAUGCACCAAGCGGCCCCAUCGUCUGCUGUGUGCACGCGCAGCUCUGACGAUGCGCUUGACCUGCACCUCGGCGGGGACCCUGCGAACCCUCUACCGAGCCUGCAGUCCGAUGCGCAGACGCUUAAUACCGAUUUGCUGGGAAUGGGCUCGGGACUUGACGGCGUUGACGCAUCGGAGCUUGGGUACCCCAGUGAGAUUGACUUCAUUGGGUGA